UAUCAUAGUCGACGCCUACCACCGGCACGAAGGGAAUUCUGUCCAGGACCUCAUUUUCUGGGGCGCCGGAGAAGACGUAUUCGGCUUACUACGACAUCAGAAGGGACCCAAAGCUCAUACUGAUGAAUAUUUCGCUAGAAAGGGUGAGUUGUCUGGGUAUCAUCCUGGAAAAGACGACGUCACUUGCGUUUCCAUACUCAGAGACAGCAAAUACAACUACGGACAAGGAGAGGGGCCCCAAGUCCUAGUAGGUAGAGCUCAUGGCCGACUCCAGCUUCUGUCUAUGGGUGCCGAAGAUUUCGGCAAUGUGCUCUUGAGUUUUAAAGAUCUCAAUCCACUGCAUAAAGCUUUAGUUAAGACGGAAAUACAAUCCAUCGACGUCAACUAUAAACAAGGCCUUCUAACAGCUGCGACCAAACACUGUAUCCUUAACUACUCCCUCGACAAAGACCGACAGACAAUUCAUAAUGCGCUCAACCAAGAUCGUGGCUUUACAAAUUAUGUCUAUGUUGAUGAUGAUUUCAGUUUAAAGGCCAAUCAAAAGGAUGUGGGUACUUUUGACUUCAUCCGAUCCGUCAAAUACGUAAAUGGAAACACCCUGGCCGUAGGGUUGAAUAGAGGACCUAGGCCGCUUCAGUACCUGGAAUACACGCCAACGGGAAUCGUCAUAUCUCACACAACGAAGACUAAAAUUCAAAAUAUAAGACAUGACAGUCGGCUCAAAACAGUCCGGGCAAUUUUGCCCGUGGAUACCAGUUCGCUCACCAGUGGGGGUGGAAAUGCCGUGCUCACCUCAUGGGACGACGGUACGGUCCGUCUCCAGGACCUCCGUACGCCUUCUCCGACCGACAUGAUCUUCCAAGACAACUUUGAAGUCACAACCCCGAUCAACGCUCUACUUUCCCGCGGCCUCGAGAGGUUUAUUGCCGGCAGCGCCCAUAGUUCCAUGUUGAAGGUGUUUGACUAUCGUUGGCCGAAGAGCUAUUACCAUACCGACGGUUUUCCCUGUGGCCCCGGUUUCCCCCAUCCGAUGCCUCGGCCGCCGUCUAUCGUAGAAGAGCCGUCCUUCCCUAACGAUCGAGCUACAUGCGAUUACGUGGCUGGUCUACCGUGCCGGUGGCACGCGCUUUCGCGACACGACUUUUACCGCCCCAACUUUAACAUGUGGCUCCCGACGUUCAAGACCAGGACCAGCUCGCCCGUGUACUCGCUCGCAUCGCCGUCAGAUGACUCGCCGACAAUACUCGCGGGACUCUCGGGGAUUCUAGUCGAGAUCACUCCCAAGAGUAGCCCGUGGCCGUCAACACGGUCGGCCACAUGUUCUACCAAGGACAGCAUGUAUAAACGACGUGGUGAGCGGAUAGCCCUUAUCGAAACAGGGUCUGGGUUCAGAGUAAAUGAUGAGGCAGAUGUGCAGCGCGUACCAAUAGUGCACCAGCAGAACUUCGGGGUUGUGAGGCAACUUUACGAUUACGAGGAUGAAAAAACCUGGCGGAAUCGGCAUCGGUUAGAUGAGUGGUUGUACUAACCGAACGAGAUAUAUUUAAUAGAUCUACCUUGUUAUAUUUAUAAGAAAUGUGUUAGAGGGUGCUAGAGGACCGUCCUUUUCUUAUAGCGGGGUUCACAGC